AUGACAAAACUAUGCCAAAUAAAACCUUCAAAAAAAAUAAUUUUUUUGAAAAAUUUAAAUAUCCCAUAUAAGCAUGUAAUUACAAAGAGCUUUUUAAGUAAUCAGUUCAGUAGUAAUGGUCAUUAUAAAAAUGAAGUUCUUACAAAUUCAAAUAAUUUAAAUUAUGAAAGUUUCUCUAAUUUUGGAAUAAAAAGACACAUUUAUAAUAUAAAGGAUAAAUCACAUCUCCGUGAAAAUUCAAUAAACGAUAAUUUUAAAAAUAAUGAAGCCAUACUCAAUGAGAAUUCAAACGAAAAAGAACAAAAUAAUGUGGAGAAAAUAAUGCCAGAAGAAUAUGGAUAUAAAUUCGACAAGCACGAACCAACUAUGUUUGGUGAUUGGUCCCAUAAUUGCAGAGUUACAGAUUUUUAA